AUGAAUGCAUACAACACUGAAGGGAGAUACUUGUUAAUAAUAUACGAAAAGGUAUUUAAAAUAAUCUACAUAAAGAAUUUAAAAGAUAACAAAAAUGAGAAAGUCAAAGUGCCAUCCCUGUUCAUUUUCCGAGAUACUGGAAAGUGCACUGAGAAGUUAAUAAAUAAAGAUAAAAUCAGAAAGAAAAGCAAAAAAUUUGGAAAUAUCAUAAGUGAACUAAUCAUAGAUAAUAUAAUUGGCACCAUCGAAAUUAGAGACGAGUUAUUUCUGUUCGUAGUGGACAAAUGGAAACUACUGUGCAAAUUUUUUUACUUAAAUAAAUAUAGGAGCAUAUAUAAGAUAGAAAAGGUACAUUACAUCCCUUACAAUAUUAACAUAGUUUCCUUGAAUACCAUUAUUAGCAAUGCACUUAACGUCGAUGACAACUCCAAUAGUUACUUUAUCAACCACUUGGUCAACCAUGAAGAUAUAGGCAAAGAUUUUGAGGUCAUAAAUAACAGCAGUCAAAGUCACAGCACGGCGGUGGCGAAGCGCGUCGCGAGUCCUAGUGAUCACCGGAAUGGAAGCGGAAAUCGAAGCGGCAGUCGAAGCGGCAAUCGAAACGGCAGUCGAAGCGGCAAUCGCAGCGGCAAUCGAAGCGGCAAUCGAAGCGGCAAUCGAAGCGGCAAUCAUGGCGACAAGGCGGGCAACGCCCCGCAGAACGCGAACUCGAAUGAUCCCUCCUACGAGCCAGAUAGCUCAGACAACGAAAUUGAGAAGGACUACAAAAUGGAUGAGGAAAAUAUGUACAACAAGCAUUUUGCAAAUAAAAGUAGCAAGUUAAAUGGAAAUAGAGCUACGAGCACGCGGAACAAAUUUGGAGCUGAAUUCGAAAUGGAGGUCGAACCCACGAAUCAUAGAACCCACAGAAGUGUCAACUACAACAAGAAAGAGGAGAAAAAUAAAAAAAUCCUCAAUUUUAAUACUGCGAAAAGGUGGCUGACCAAUCAGUUCAACCAUAAAAAUCUUUUGAACAUCAUUUCGGACAUAACGAAUUAUGACGGCCGGGGUCUCGGCGAAGGUGGUGGGAGGCCUGCCUCGCGGGCGCAGCCUGGUGAGCGCUUUGCAAGCGGCGUUACUGGUGGCACCAUCGGAGCUGCUAGUAGUAGCCACACCCGCAGGGGAAUGCAGCGGAACGAGGAAGAAACGGUGAACACCAAUUCGUCAACUCUGGACGAAAAUGAAUUUAUGAUGCAAGUGCUGAACGAUAAGGAAAAGUGCUCUCGGCAGGAAAAUGGAGGCAUGUCGAACAAGAUAAUCAAUAGUGAGCAUAACUGCAGAGGUCGAGGUGUGGGGGAAAAGGAAAAUGGCACAAGUAUCUACGAUGCCAAUAGUAAUGACGGCAACGUACGUUACGGUAGGAGUGACCAGCAAAGUAUGAGGACAGAACCACGCGCAUCUUAUACGAAUAAGGAAGAUGCUCACAGAAAAAAAACCAUGGACUCUUCAAAAAUAAGCAUUAACUUGAUUGACGAUUUAUUUACAGAUAGGAAGGACAAUGAGGAAUCGCCAGUUGGUGGAGACCAAACGGAUAGGCAAGCAAAUAAGCUAAACCACGUACGGCAUGAUGGUACGAAGGAGUCAUAUCAAAUCGGAGGAAAGAAAGAUCAGAAUAAUUUUCUAAACUGUGGGGAGAAUGAGAAAAGGUCUAGUUUAGGCCCACCUGAAGGAAGCCUUCUCAGUGACAAAAAAGGUGACAUUGUAGGCACAGAAGCAGCAGUUGGAGAGGUGGCCACGAACGGGAAUAACGAUAGUUACUACCAAAAUUUGAUGUGCAUUUAUAAUGAUGAAAAGAAGGGAGCAGUGAGCUCAAGGAACGAAAGCGCUAGUGGUAAAGUUGAGGAGGAUAAGGGCGUACCAAACGAGAGGGGGCACAAUAAGGUAAGGGAUUCUCCAAAAAAUGCUUCAGAAGCAGCAGCAGGAGCAGCAGCAGAAGAAGAAGAAGAAGAGGAAGGAGGAAAAAAGAAGGGAGACCUCAAGGACCUCAUUAACAACUCCUACUUCAACGUAAGGAACAACCUCGUUGUGGUGGAAAAUAGCGAACCUAGUGAGAAAAGGAACUCCUACCCCCUCAGCUUCAAAAACGUAAAUGACGAAAGCGUCAAAGCGGAUGAAAAAAAAAUGAAUAUAAAAAUGGAUAUGCACAAAAUGUUAAAAAUGAUACAAAAAAUUCUGACAGUCCACAUGUACUACUCGUAUGACUUUGACUUAACGCAAUGCAUUCAAAAAAAAGUGAAAAAGAAUAUCGAAGAGGUAGAUGUAGAACCCAUGUUUUCUUCAUCAUCAACUCAUAGGAAAAGGUCCUUCCUAAAUGUGAGCGAAAAAAAUUUCAUGUGGAAUUAUCAAAUGAUUAAAAAAAUCAAGUGUAAAUGCAAAAUUGAUGAUAAUUGGUUCUGCUCAGUAAUUCAGGGCUACAUUUCUUACACCUCUAUUGAAAUAAAUAGGAGGUGUUUAGAGCUGCUUCUCAUUAGUCGUCGCUCCUCCGUCUUGGGAGGGACACGAUUUAAUAAGAGGGGCAUCAAUGAUGAUGGGUAUGUGGCUAACUAUGUAGAGACGGAGCAAAUUGUAAGAAUUAACAAUAGGAACAUUACCUAUUUGAAUCGUUUUGACAAGGCUAACAUGGCUGUAGAUAAUGUGAAGAAGCAGAAAGGGAGGAGUGCGCCAACUAGUGGUGGAAAGAAUAUGCAUGAAGGGGAGUUGCACCCGUUGGGCAAAGUGCCCCAUCCGCUGGAAGAAGAGAAGUCGCGAGGUGGGGAAGGCACUGCCGAGACGAGUGUUAAUAACGAAAAGGCUAGCGCCGGGGAGAGCGGCCGAGCCAGUCAGGGGUGCAUCAACAGUGACAGCAACUUCGAGAACAGAAUAAUCUCCCUUGUCCAAAUAAGAGGGUCGAUUCCGCUCUUCUGGAAACAGCAUUCCAUGUCAUCACACGUAAACAUACAGCGCUCUUCACUGCUAAGUAUUAAGGCCUUCAAGGAGCACAACAAAAAAUUGAUCACAAAUUAUGGCAACAACAUUUACUAUAUAAAUCUUCUGAGUCAAAAUAAAAAUAACGAGAAGAAGUUAACCAAAAAAAUGAUCGAGCUGAUUAACUAUAUUAAGAAGGACAAGCAUUACAAAGAGAAAAAUUUUAUUAACUACAUCGAGUAUGACUUUCACAUUUCUGUAAAGAACAAAAGCUUUGAAGAUGCCAUGAAUGAUUUUAUUAACAAAGUUCUACUGAAGGAGAUAAAGAAUGUGUCCUUUUUUAUGGAACCCUCGAAGAGUGUGGUCGAGGGGGGCGCCAAUACAAACAGCAGUAGUAGCAACAAUAUCAGCGAAAACCACGAGUGCGUUUUUCAAAACGGAGUGUUUAGAACCAACUGUUUGGAUUGCCUAGACAGAACCAACGUCUUCCAGUACUACUACACGCUGUUCUUCAUCCUGUAUGUGUUGCAUGUGUCAAAAAAUGACAUCUUUUUAAAGCCAGUAAAAAAAUCGCACCUGUGUUUUUACAAAAAUUUUAAUACUCUGUUUAAUAGCAAGAGUGUGACCAUAGUGACUACCCUCCCCACGGACAGCUACCUGCUGGAGCUUUCUGAGAAGUCUGGCAUUAACAAGAAUUACGACUACAGCAAGGGGAGCAGCAACAGUAGUGGUAGCUUGUUUGAGGAUUACUGCUAUGUCAACGAGGGGGGAGCCCCCCACAAUGAGGAGGGCGCAAACGGUGUGAGUAGCGUAAACAAUACGAGCGGCGUGAACAAUGCGAGCAGUGUUAACAAUACGAGCGGUGUGAACAAUACGAGCAGCGUGAACAAUAUGAGCGGCGUGAACAAUAUGAGCGGCGUGAACAAUAUGAGCAGCGUGAACAAUAUGAGCAGCGUGAACAAUAUGAGCGGCGUGAACAAUAUGAGCGGCGUGAACAAUAUGAGCAGCGUUAAUAACGAGAGCAGCGUUAAUAACGAGAGCAGCAUCAACAACGCGAGUAGCGUUAAAAAUGGCGGAAGCAACCUCCAUAACGGUAGCAGCCUGAACAGCGGCGGCGGCAAGAAGGAAUGCCUCAAGAACGAAAUCAUGAGCAGAAUGGAAAAGGAGGAAAAGAAACAUAGAAUGUCUUACAGCAAUUACGAGAGGGAAGAUGAAAGGAAGUUUAGCGGUCGACAGGAACAGCCUGAUGAAUAUGUACAUAUUUUAAAACAUUUCUUUAAAAAAAUGUGGGUAGAAAAUGGAGAUAUUAUUAGUACCCAUUACACAGGAACGGGUAGCGUCUUUUCUUCGCAAAUAAAUGUUGGAAGAUCUUCCCUAAGUACAAACAUUGACCAUGCAAUCAAAUCUAUUGAGAGAUUUUAUCAAAAUAAUUUUGAGGAUAAUUUCAGACAGGAGUGUAUCGAUAUUAUUUUGUGCACAGGGAAGUAUAGUAAAAUUAAGAGAAGAAAUUUUAUAGGGGCCGAUUUUAACUAUUUUUUAAAUUACGGGAAUUUUAUGAAUAAGGAGAGCUUCCUCGGUUUAAGGGGCAGGAAUAUGGGUCUUUCGAUUCCGUAUCUACCCUAUGGAAGGAAUGCGCAGAUGAGCAAGGCGCAUCCGAGUGAGGGGCUGAUCCAAACCGAGCAGGGUACCUCCAAGGAGAAUCACACAAGGGGAAGAAGCAAACAUAAGCCAUCUGAGUAUAACACCAAUAGCAGCGAUUCGAGUGAGAAUGGGGUUGAAAAUAGUAGUAGCCUGCUCGAAGAGGAGCAAGACGAGGAUGAAGGGCGCUUAUCGAGGGGGAGAAGCAAGCAAGGUAAAAUUAGAGGACCCAGCAAGAAUGCAGAAAGGAAGAAGCUGGAAGGAAGGAGAACUAAGGAGAGACAUUCAGAAGUAGAGGAUCCUCUCAGCAAAGGCGUAAAUUUUGAGGAUGACAAAGGGAAGGACGAUGAAGAAGAGUCGGAAGAGCAGCAGGAACACGCAUACCAAUCACCUCACGCGAAGGAGCCACGUAAAAUGCACAAAUCGGUGAAGCGGGCCAAAAUGAAGAAGACGAAGAAGGUGUAUCUGGCGGAGAGCGAAAGCAAGGAGAUUGUCCACAUGAGGAGGGAAAAGCCCUGCGGGAAAUCCACCUCCAUGAGCGAUGCGUACUCACGAACAAAUGUGAACAAUGACAGCAGCGCAGAGAACACAAUAAACAGCAACAGUAGCAGCAGUGGUAGCAGUGACGUGAGCGGAAGCAGAAGUGAAAGCGGCAGUAGCAUCUCAGAUAUUAACGUCCUGAAAAAGAGGAAGAAGAAAAAAAAAAGAAAAAAUGUAAACAAAAAAGGAAAGGAAAAAAAAAAAAGCGAUCUAGUGUAUAUGAAAAAUCUGUAUAAAAAAAAAAAAUAUAUACAACGUGAGGAAUAG